AUGGCCGAAGCCCUCGGUAUCGCGUCCGGCGCCGCGGGCCUCCUGAGUCUAGCGAUAGAAGUCACCAAGCUCAGCUACACCUACAUCGCCAGCGUUCGGGGUGCGCCUAAAUCGCUAACCUCGUACAUUGCGGAGCUUACAACGCUCACCUCUGUCAUGCUACAGCUCGAAGACCUCAUUCGGACCAAGAGGUUCAACGGCCAGAACAGCCAGACUCUCAGCAAGGCUUUACACGACUGUCAACUGGAAGUAGAAUCCCUAAGGGCAAAGCUACAGAAAAAGCUGUCGUAUGGUAGAAUAAAGGCCAAGGUGGCUGCUUUGGCUUGGCCGUUGUCAGAAUCCGAGUUGCUGGACAAAGUAAAUAUGUUGCAUCGGUAUAAUGGGAUUUUCUCAUCUGCCUUGCAAGCCGAUAAUUUAACCAUGGCAAUCGCGACGAACAAAGAGCUGCAAGACAUUAGACAAACUACCGAAGCUAAAGAAAUAAUCGCCUGGUACAAAUUGGAUAUCGCCAUUGAGGCUUCAACUUCUCAUCUGGACGACUACUGUCCCUCCACGUGGCAGACAUUUCUAUCGGGCUCUUUCUAUCAAUCUUGGCGGAGCGGCUCAACACCCGUCGUCUGGGGAUACGGACAACCUGGUGCUGGAAAAACAGUAUUGACCGCCAUCGUUCUUCGGCAUGUCAAGUCUGAUAACGUACCCGGGACAGCCAUCGCCUCGCAUUUUUUCAGCAGCAGCAGGCCCAAGGAAACUGUGAGCCUUGUCCUACGAAGCCUGAUCGCUCAAGCGCUCCGUGGCUGCCCUUCCAUCCCCCAAGAAGCGUCGGCCCUGUAUGAGAAAGGGUCUCAGAAUCUAAUGGUGAUCGAUCUGAUCCAUGUCCUUGAGGCGAUUGCCAAGUCAAUGACCACGAUUAUCAUUCUUGAUGCACUUGACGAAUGUCCCUUCCUCCCCAAGCUUUUCAACAUUCUGUCGACAUUGCAGGAUCUGGGAGUGAGAAUCUUUGCAACUGCUCGGGAUCUGCCAAAUAUUAGGAAGCAUUUCGAGAAGAGGCCAAGGGUGGAAAUUUCUGCCACCAGACAUGACUUGGAUUUCUACGUCAACUACCGGCUGGAGCAUGGAGAAGCUGAAGUUGAGUCAAUUGGAACAGAAUUGAAGUCGGAUAUCGUAUCUGCAAUUGUGAAAAGGGCGGCGGGGUCGUUCCUACUUGCUCGGCUCAUCAUGGAUCACAUCACCAGCCUGCUCACGAUCAAGGAAAUACGAAAAGCUCUGAUCUCGUUACCCGUCAAUUAUGACGAGGCAUACCUAAGCACGUUUGACCGUAUAGUCAAGCAAACCCCUAGUCUGAGGGAUCUUGCCUUGAAUUCAUUGAACUUUAUUUCUUACGUCAAGGAGCCUUUGCGACUGGUCGAGCUGCAACACGCCCUCAUUGCGGAACAAGGCAUGGUUGAAGUCGACCCUGAGGAUCUUCAUCCUACUAAAGCCAUCAUCUCAUCAUGCCUUGGGCUGCUUGUAGUUUCGGGAGCGGAGAAAACUGUCCAGUUUGUACACUCGACUGCGCGAAACUUUCUGCAGAGUCGACCCGAAGGGAUGGAUAAGCGGCCCCAUCUGACGAUUGUUCGCAGUUGCAUCUCGUACAUGUCAACAACUGAGAUGCGCCAGGGCCGCAGUCUAUCCCACGAGGACAUCACUCAGCGUUGCCAAAAGCAGCCUUUCCUCAAUUAUGCAGCGAACUUCUAUGGCUAUCACGCUCAAGAAGUCCAAGAUGAAUGCUUCGACCAGCUUUCGGGGUUUCUAGAGAAUGAUGCUCUUCGGGAAAGCUCGUGGCAACUCUUGAACUUCAAAGCCCACCUCGAUAUUUCUGUCUCCGAGUCUGUGUUUGAAUCUAGUCCCAGAAAUGUGCUGGCUCUGCAUGUGGCUGCAUUCUGGGGGUUUGAAACUUACAUUGAUCGCAGCUUGAGUUACACACGGCAGGGAACUCCAAGCACCCAGAAACAGAAUCUAAAUAAGAGUGACUCUCACGGAUGGACGCCUUUGCACUGGGCCGUAUCCAUGGGCCAUAAGAGUGUAGUUGCGAUUCUUCUCAGAUCAGGAGCCAGUCCUGAUCUUCCAGAUCUUGCAGGAUGGACGCCAACAUUCUGGGCAGCUUUCAAGGGCCACGCAGAUAUCAUUGAAAUGCUCUGGCGCUAUGACAACGCUCCAUUCCGAUGCGAUAAUAAAGGACUCACUCCACUUCACUGGGCAGUAUCCGCGGGCCAAACCGAAAUUGUGAAGCGGCUUUUAGAUCUCAAGACUCGCUUUGGACAGUACGAAAAGUCGCCAGUACUCUCACUGCCGUCAUUGGACGACUUGACAGUCGAGAGAGCUCGCGCCUUGACAACUAGAGCAAACGAGAGUCCUUUCAAAUUCUACUCGGAUGGCACAGAUAUCGAAAUGUUUUCCGCCAUCUUCAGCGCUCUAAAGCAGAGUUUUCGCGAGAAAGAAGACAAACCUCCGGAAAGGAAUGAAGGUUAUUAUACAUUUGAUCCGUUCCUUUAUGGUCCCUUUGGGCAGAGUCUCAAAGCUGAUCACGGAAGAAGAGGGAGGCCAGACCGCGACUACCAGUGGGGAAAACCAGAUGUUGGAUUUCUUGAGUUUGUGGAUAAACUGCUGAUUCAUGCCACGCGGUCACAGGACUUGCCUAUUAUCAAAUUGGUAUUUGAUCUCAAGCUUGUGAAGGCCUCCGGGAUUGAUAGCCUUGCUCUUCUUCAUGAAGCGGCAGCAUCUGGCUGGGUCGAGGGCAUGGCUGCCCUGAUCGGCCUAGGGGCAGAUGUCAACAAUGCGCAGAGAACUUGUGAGCAAACACCUCUACACAGAGCUUGUCGAAACCAACGUGAAGCAGCAGUCAACCUGCUCCUUGGAAUCGACAAGAUUGAUGUCAAUGCUCGAGACAGAAAUGGGCGAACACCAAUCAUGGAUCUCAUGACCACUUCCUAUGAAGAGAAAGCAGUCACUAUAUAUAAGCUACUGGUUUCCGGAGGAGCUUCAAUCUCUAUUCAAGAUACGGAAGGCAACUCGCUUAUGCACUACGCCUUACGGACCUGUAAUGCUACAAUCGUACAAAUGUUGUGCACCGCCGGGUUAAGCAUAGAAUCUCCAAACAAAAGCGGCCAAUUGCCGUUGCACUGGAUGGCUCAUUGGAAGUACUUCGAUCUUCGGAAGCUCGUCACACCCGAUGAAGUCCAAGUUGUGAGAAAAAAGCGAAGAGAUUGCAUGAAGGUAGUCUUUCAGCUCUCGAGUCUUAGCUCCCUGGAUUCUGUGUGUGUAUGGGAAAUUGGAACAACGCCUUCUAGGCAAACGCCUUUGUCAUUGGCUUUGAAAAGUCAUAAUUGGGAUCUUAUAGCCGAGUUGUUGAAACAAAUCAAGCAGCCUGUGAAUAUGGUUCCCUUGCUGGAUCCAUAUCAUGACAGUUUACACGAACUAUGUAGGGUGUCAGAGAGACUCCCCUCGGUCUCAACCCCUGGAAGCCGAGAUCGAACGAUGCUAUAUUAUGAGCUACAACCACUUCCCUUUGAUGAUUGGGCUCGCAUACUUCAACUGCUUCUCGAUGCCGGAGCUAAUAUCGAUUCAGUGACACACCUGCAGCUUUGCGUACAGAGAGCUGCUAGCAUCCCUGUCAUUGACACCCUACUGAGACUAGGGGCCAAUCCAUACGAUGCAGGGAAAGACGGGCUAGAUUGCUUCCAGCUUUCACUUCUCUGUUCCGAAGAAGCAGGCAGCUGGGAAAUCAUGGGAUGUCUUCGAACCUACGCCAACACUCAUCCUGAUCCAAUACACUAUUUCUGCCAGGGAGGCUUUCUCAUCGCGGCCGAUACUCCCAUACAAAAUGAAGAGACUCGCUACCUCCAGGUCCUGCGCCAGACGGGUGCUAUCAACUGUGAGACGCGGUCGGGCCGUACCCUCAUCUACGAAGCCGCCAGACGAGGAAACACACGCCUGACACGUAGGUUGCUGGAACAUGAUGCGUAUCCGCAUUAUGUAGAUGACUUUGGUAGUUCCGCACUGCAUGCAGCAGCCAAGCAGCAAUCUCCGACAACGGUAACCGUCCUCCUACAGGCUGGAGCAGAUGUCCAUCAAAAUUCAGUGGACGAGUAUGGCUUCACAGUCACGGGUACACCGCUGCAUGUUUGUCUCGAUGCCUGCGAUGGCUGUAAAAUCAAGACCGAAACAGUCGAAACAGUUCGCAUCCUGCUGAGCUAUGGUGCCGACCCAAAUUAUGCAGCCGUCAAGGACCCAAAUUAUGAAGUCGUCAAGGAUGGCCAUACAGAAACGUGCAUCUCACUCUGUCUCAAGGCACUGUGCCACUCAGUAUACCAUACCCGACUCGACGCGAUAGCUUCUGAAGAUUCAGAUCACCUGUUACUGGAGGUACUGAAAGUACUGGUUGAUGCGGGCGCGCGAGUCGCCGAGAGCGCGGAUGAUAUCAUAGUUGGGGUUGUUGCGAAAAUGGGGGGCUACGAAUCACUGUGGGAGGAAAUGAGAUCGCAAUUGAUGCUGGGGAGGUCUGAUGCUCUAAGUCUGGGCGUUGAGCGAUGA